CUUCUUCAUUAAAGAACGCACCAAAUAUUUAUAUCGAUUUCAACAUAUGCAACACAUUUAUUUGAAGAAGAGUGCAUCUCAGUUUAUAGAGAAAUAUUCAUGGAGACUUGUGAAGAGAUAGCUAUAGCAAGCUUGUGUAAUUUUAAUGUAAAAUUCUUUAUAUACGUCUCUUUUACACUCACAGCUAAAGAGAGUAGAUUAAUUCGGCUUUGAGAUUUACUUCGUUUAGGUUUGGAGAGCAAACACUAACAAAACACAUUAAAUAGAAGCAAAAUAUUGCAAGCCAUUGUAUUGUAAAGAUAUAACGCUUGUGGAAAAUAACAAAAUACCGAAAAAUAUUAAAUGUAAACGAAAGAAAAAAGGAAAUUUUUUCCUGUGUGUAAAACAAAGAGAAUAAGGAAAAAUAGGUGUGACAUGAAGAAAUGAAAAUUGUGUUUAUUUUGGAGAAUUUUAUGUGAAAUUUAUUUUGACAAAAAUUAAAAGUUGUCUAUAACAAAAAUUUAAACCAAGAAGAAAUAAAUAAAUAAAUAACAGCCUGCGAAUUAUUUAAGAUAGCUAACUAAUCGGAGAGCACGAGGAAAAAGCUGUCUAUUACUAUAAAGAAAGAGAAAAAAAUUGCUUUUACUCAAGUAAAGAGUUGAAUUUAUGCGUCUUUGAGAGUGUAUACAAGCGCAAUAAUUUAGAGGAAGGGAAAAAUUAGUAGUUUACUUAAGAAAAUGCAAAGUCCACGUACAAAUGUUAAUGGAGCCAUAUCAUCACUGCCCAGCACAUUGGCUCAGCUAGCUUUAAGGGAUAAGCAGCAACAGCCACCGCCGCCUAUUCCGCACUCAUUGCCGACAAGUGUACUGAGUAAAGCGGCUUCUCUGCAGCAGCAACAACAACAGCAACAUCAGAUGAGUACAAUGAACGGAUCCGGAGAUGCGUCAUCGAAUAGUGCAGGCCACAACGAUUCGAAUAAAUUGACAACGGAAUUGCAAGAAAAAGAGCAACAGAAUCAAAUGCAACAGCAAAAGCAAAAGCCACCGUUACCAGCGCGUCAAAAGCCUAUGGAAAUAGCGGGUUAUGUUGGCUUUGCAAAUUUGCCCAAUCAGGUAUAUCGCAAGGCUGUUAAAAGAGGCUUCGAAUUCACUUUAAUGGUGGUCGGCUGCAGUGGUUUGGGCAAGAGUACUCUUAUCAAUUCCAUGUUCCUAACGGAUGUCUACAACAGCGAACAAUAUCCGGGACCUUCUCUAAGGAAAAAAGAAACCGUUGGUGUAGAAGCUACGAAAGUCUUGAUGAAAGAGAAUGGCGUUAAUUUAACUUUAACAGUAGUGGAUACGCCCGGUUUCGGGGAUAGUGUAGAUAACACGAAUUGCUGGGUUCCAAUACUGGAGUAUGUGGAUAGCAAAUACGAAGAAUAUUUAACAGCUGAAUCGCAGGUUUAUCGGAAGCAAAUACCUGAUAAUCGGGUACAUUGUUGUUUGUAUUUCAUUGGACCCACUGGUCACGGCUUGCGUCCGCUCGAUAUAGCUUGCAUGCAGUCAUUAUCAGAUAAAGUAAAUUUGGUGCCUGUUAUAGCCAAAGCGGACACUAUGACUCCGGACGAGGUGCAUUUAUUCAAGAAACAAAUUCUUAACGAGAUAGCGCAGCAUAAAAUCAAGAUAUAUGAUUUCCCUUCAACUAUAGAAGAUAACGCCGAAGAUUCGAAAACAAAUCAAAAUUUGCGAAAUCGUGUACCUUUCGCGGUAGUGGGUGCUAACACCAUUGUCGAGACCGCUGAUGGCAAAAAGGUAAGAGGGCGCCGCUAUCCUUGGGGCUUAGUCGAAGUGGAAAAUUUAACUCACUGCGAUUUCAUAGCGUUACGUAAUAUGAUAAUACGAACGCAUCUACAGGAUUUGAAAGAUGUGACUAACACCACGCACUACGAGAACUAUCGUUGCCGCAAACUAUCUGCUUUGGGCGUGGCGGAUGGCAAGGCUCGUUUAUCUAAUAAAAAUCCUUUGACUCAGAUGGAAGAAGAAAAGCGAGAACAUGAAUUAAAAAUGAAAAAAAUGGAAGCAGAAAUGGAACAAGUUUUUGAAAUGAAAGUCAAAGAGAAAAUGCAAAAACUCAAAGAUUCAGAAUUGGAGUUAGCCAGACGUCAUGAGGAGCGCAAAAAAGCCUUGGAAUUGCAAGUACGAGAACUUGAGGAGAAGCGUCGUGAAUUUGAGCGCGAACGCAAAGAGUGGGAGGAAGCCAAUCAUAUCACCUUAGAGGAAUUGAAAAGACGCAGCUUGGGUGCUAACAGCAGCACAGAUAACGCCGAUGGUAAGAAAGAGAAAAAGAAGAAAGGAUUAUUUUAAGUGCGAAAAUUAAUGAAAAGAAAAAACCAAACGCUCUUAAAAAACGAUAACAGCAGCGAAUAGCAGUAUUUUUUUAACUUUACUUUCUUAACUUUUUUUAAAGUUUAAAUAUUUACUUGAAAAAAAAAAUCAAAACUAUUAA